GAGUCAACGUUGCGUAUUUUGAAGCACGCUUUUUGUCUGUUUUGUCUGUGUGUUUACGAUAAUUAUAUCAUUAAAAUUUCAUUUAAUUAAAAUUAUUUUUUGAUUCUAGACCAAAUAAAUUUAAACUAAAUAAUCUAAAUAAAUCAUGGCACCACCAAGAAAAACUAGCCACAAAGGAAAACGACGUCAUUUUUCAUCACCCGAAGAAAUACAACAACAAAUGAGUCAAUUACAUAUGAAAGGUGAUGAUGAUGAUGAUACGAUUGAAGAAAAAAGAGAACCUGGAUCCGAUGAUGAUUCAAGUGAUGAUGAUGAUGAUGAUAAUAAAAUUGUCAAACCAAAAGGUGUUUCUGGUUUGAUUGAAAUUGAAAAUCCAAAUCGUAAUCCACGUCGUGCUCCACCAACUGAACAAGUACAAUUAACACGUCGUGAACGUGAAGAAGUUGAAAAACAACAGGCAAAAGAACGAUAUCAAAAAUUACAUGCCGAAGGUAAAACUGAUCAAGCUAAAGCUGAUUUAGCACGUUUAGAAUUGAUACGUAAACAACGUGAAGAAGCUAAUCAAAAACGUGAAAUGGAACGUCGUAUUCGUGAUGAACAAUCUGGUAAAACAAAAUCAUCAUCAUCGCUAUCAUCGUCAUCAUCAUCAACAUCAUCAUCGAAUAAUGCAUCAUUAUUACCUGGACAACAACGUUUAACCGCUGCUCAAAAACAAUCACAAGUUCGAGCAAAAAAAUUACAACAACAACAACAACAAGAUAAAUAAAUAUAAAAAAAGCCUUUCAACAAUAAAAACAACAACAAAAAAAUUUUUUUAAUUUGUCAUUAUCAGAUCACAGAGAAAGAAUAGAGGCGAAGGAAGAGAAGAAAGAAUAAAAAUAUUUUGUUUCAUUAUUUUUUUUCGAAAAACAACAAAAAAAUUUACAUAAAAAAUUAAAAUUUGAAAAAUUUUCAUAUUUUUGUUUUA